AUGUCCUGGGGUCACAUUGUCUCAAAAGACAUGCUUGUAUGGACAUUGGCCAAGACUUCUCCCGCAAUCGUUCCCGGGGCGGUGUACGACCGAGAUGGUGUAUUCACGGGCUGCUGGGUACCUCCGGUUGACAAGUCUGACCAAACGCUGAAGGUUGCGUAUUCCUCGGUCAAGCGGCUCCCGUUUCACUGGAGCACGCCACCGUAUCCACGGGAUGCGGCCGGCAUAGCCAUAGCAUUGUCGUCCGACGGCGGAAACAGCUGGACAAAGGCGCCUCGGAAUCCAAUUUUGAAUGGCGAGCCCGGAGGUCUUACGGUGACUGGAUUCCGGGAUCCUUUCGUGACCAAGUCGCCUGCGCUGGACCAAGCUCUGGGUACGACUGACAACGUCCUCUACGGGUUGGUGUCAGGUGGUAUACAGGACACCGGGCCUACGACAUUUCUGUACAAAAUACCGUGCAGCGACGUACAUGACUGGCAGUACGUGGGACCUCUGGUGGAUGUACCGUUGAGGUUCCAGCCUUCGAAGAAGUGGAGCGGCAACUACGGCGUCAACUGGGAAUGCACAAACAUUGUUACGCUACAGAACGGUUCGGACACUCGUGAGUUUCUGGUGAUUGGUGCGGAAGGGGACAUUGAGAAAAACCACGUGAAAAACUUUAAGCAACCUGUAAGAGCUCCGUCUCGAACGGUCAGGACCCAGGUGUGGAUGUCGGGCAAGCUCAAAGGGGCGGGUCACAAAGGCGUCAAGCUCGAGUACAAGCAUGGCGGGUACCUUGACCAUGGGCCGUUGUAUGCUGCAAAUUCAUUUUUGGAUGAAAGGUCGGGCCGUCGCAUUGUUCACGCGUGGCUACCAGAGGACGACAUUCCAAUGGAUGUCGCGAAAGAAAAGGGCUGGAACGGCAGUCUCGCGCUGCCCCGCGAAAUAUUUCUUCUCCGGAUACGAGGGGUACAGAAGCCCUUGCACAGCGAGCUGUCCGACAUGGCGCCCUUUGAAAUUGCCAGCACGGAGCCAGACGGUUCAAAGACACUGCUCACACUGGGCAUACGGCCAAUUUCCGAGGUGAUGCAGUUCCGGGACGCAGUGGUCUGCAAAGCGUUUCAGAUCGGAGCCUCUGUAUCACUGCCGUUGACCACGGACGUCUCGCACAAGUUCAUCUACGAGACUCAUUCUACGAGCUGGGAGUUGGCGGCGACAAUAUCCAUCAGCUCUGGAUGCGAAACUGUCGGUUUCUAUUUGCGUCACAACAGCGACCUUUCCAUCCGAACAUCGGUUAUCUUCGCUGUUAUGGAAGAGACCAUAACCGUUGACCGUUCAGCUUCCAAUACGGCUGAGAUGGUGAACAAGUGCCCCGACGCCGGACCCUUUACGUUAUUUUUCAAAAAGCCCGAGUCUGGCGACGACGAUGGAAAUGUGGUGCUGGAAAAGCUCCACCUCCGAAUUUUCUCGGAUGGAAACAUUUUGGAGAUUUUUGCCAACGACCGUUUCGCUCUGGCCACCAUGGUGUACUCUGAAGGCCAUGGGCCGGAUUUUGGUGGAAUCAGCGCGUUCGCGACGGGCACGAAGAACACUUCCACCUUUGAAAGUAUUGCCGUUUGGGAUGGUCUAGGGACGAACGAUCCGUAG